ACAGCCGUUUCACAACAUGGAAUGUCAACACGUGUGACGAUGGUUGAUCCUGCACGGCUACCGUAGUUGCGGAAAUGCCCCUGACUUGUCAGUUAGUACGCCGAUGAGAAGUUCUCCGGUUAACAACUUAACGUAUUUACAUAUCAAGAGGCAAGAACCGCACAGACAUCCCUGAACGUAUAAGUUCAGUGGUCGCAGUGUGUAUGAGUUUGUAAAUUGUGACAAAGAAUGGCUUCCGGUGCUAUUUAUUCGCAUAUAGACCCUAUGCUAAAGAAGAGAGAUGACUUUGAGGACAUUUUGGAAGAGAGGAGGAACUCCAGCGACUUGAGAUACGCCCUCAGGUGUUACACGCCGCUCUUCUAUAAAGGCAUGGCACCCUGUAAACCCAGCAUGCUGAAGAGCAUGGUGCUUCAGUCUGAUCAACUGCACUAUGUCAUCAAUCAGGUUACCAAAGAGACGGGCAGGGAGACCGGUGACGUCCGGGACGAGGCGUCAGCCAUCUUGGAGGAGAUGGCUCACUCUCUGCAGCUCAGCACCGUUCGCUUCUUUGCCUUCACACUCAGCAAGGUCUUCAAAUCCUUGUUCAGGAGCAUCUGUGUCAACGAAGAGGGCAUCCAGAGGCUCCAGCAGGCCAUCCGGGAGCACCCGGUAGUCCUGUUACCCAGUCACCGCAGUUACAUGGACUUCCUGCUGAUGUCGUACCUCCUGUACACCUACGACCUGACUCUGCCUGUCAUUGCUGCCGGCAUGGACUUCAUGGGGAUGAAAUUUGUUGGCGAGAUGCUCCGGAUGUCUGGAGCUUUCUUCAUUCGGAGGUCAUUUGGUGGAGACAAGCUGUACUGGGCUGUCUUCUCAGAGUAUGUCAAGACCAUGCUCAAGAAUGGAUUUGCACCAGUGGAAUUUUUCCUAGAGGGCACCAGAAGCCGGACGUCCAAGUCUUUGACUCCAAAGUUGGGUCUGUUGAAUAUAGUCAUGGAUCCGUUCCUUAAAGGCCAGGUGUUUGACGUUAACGUGGUCCCAGUCAGCAUCAGCUAUGAGAGGAUCUUAGAGGAGACGCUAUAUGCCAGAGAGCUGCUGGGUAUUCCCAAACCCAAGGAGUCCACUUCAGGUCUGUUCAAAGCCAGAAAGGUCCUCAGUGAAGACUACGGCAGCAUCCAUGUGUACUUUGGCCAACCUGUGUCUGUUAGAAGUUUAGCCGAGGGCAGAGUUGACCGCUGCCAGUUCAACCUAGUACCCAGACACAUCCCUAGCAGGGCCGGUGAGGACAUCCACAGCUUUGUGAAUGACUCGGCCUACAAGCUGGUGCGGGCCCAGGAGGAGAACAUGGUCCUGAAGCCGUGGGUCCUUCUGGCCUCCCUGCUGCUCCAGAACCAGGCGGCGGGGCAGAAACAGGGGAUAGCACUGGACGAGCUGACUGCACAGGCCGUGUGGCUCAGAGACCUCUCCCGGCAGUACGGAGCCUUCCUCCACUGGCCUGACCAAAUUAGUCCGUCAGAAGUAGUUUCCUCCAGUCUUUCCCUGCAUCGAGGUCUAGUGAGGGUCUUUGAGGGAAAAGUCCAGCUGGCAGUGGAACAAGAAGGAGCACCGGUGGGGCCAGGGGAGCCUCACAGCACCAUCACUCCGGAAGAGAAGCUCUUGAGCCAGGCGGUCAUCGUCCUCUCCUGCGCCUCCUACAGGAACCAGGCGCUGCACGUCUUUCUCCGGCCGGCUCUGCUGGCCUCAGCCAUCCACGCUGCUUCCUCCAACCAUAAACAGGAGGUCUUCAACGGUUUCAGCUUCCUAAGAAGCAUGUUUUCCAAUGAGUUCAUCCUCUGUCCUGGAGCUACAGUGCAGGACUUUGAGGAGGCCUGCUACCUGCUGGUGAAGACCGGAGCUCUGCAGGUUACCGAGCAGGAGGUUCUGGUAACUGAAGGAGGACACAGAACACUGGCCUUCCUCAUCAGUAUGCUGGAUCCCUUCUUACAAGGAUACCAGGUGGUGUGCCGGUUUCUGUGUGAAGAGGCCACUGAGACUCUAACAGAAAAACAGUUUAUUCCUGCUGUCCGGAAAUUCAUCAUCAAACAUCUUCUAGCAGGUAGACUCAGGCACGCUGAAGUGUUGUCAUCUGACCUUCAGAAAAACUCUCUGGCUGCUUUUCUAAGACUUGGAGCUGUUCAGAAAAUCAAAGGUGUGGAUCAGGGGAUGUUAAAGGUGAACAAGGUGAUGGUGAACUCACUGGAAGACACUCUAGGAGGAAAACUGCCCACUCAGAAAGCUUUCGCCGCUCGCCUCUAAUUCAGCAACCUCGUUAGGCAGAAAGGGGAUUGAGGAGUGUUGAUCAUUUUUUUUUUUUUUACCUGCAUCCAACGAUGUCUCAGCUCUUCUCUGCGUGGUCGGCCCGGUUCAGCCAAACGAAAGAAUUGCCACCUGGUGACAGCUUGAUUAGUUUUCUUUAAUUUCACUAUCUUCUCGUCACCUCUUUUCUCAAUAUGCUCCUUUUCUCUCUCUCUCUCUCACUCUCUCAGAUCUUUCAAUUACAAAAAGCUUUUAUAAAUGUUAAUAAAGCCAGAUGACGAGUAAGGCCUGCGCAGGUUUAUCGGCAAGCUCUUUGCGUCAUUAUGAAAAUCUGACCUUUUGCUACGAGCAGCCUCGUGAAAGCUUCUGAAUGUGCCAACUCCACUCAGGGUAGUGGCCGUUCCACAUUAAUGCAUUUGAUGAGUAUCCUCUAACACUCAGUGUGGCUUUUCUUUGUGUUAUUCUUUUUCAUGUCUGUCUGUUUAUCAGCUGUUAGACUUGUCUCUCUUAUUUUGAGCACUUUAAUGAAUUUAUUCAUGCAAUGUGUGGAACUAUGUGCUAACACUCUUCUGACACACUGUUGCACAAAAAAAGAGAAAGCAAAGGUUGCUUAAAAUCGGUGGAUUUAAAGAUUUAGUUGGUUACUUGAUUUAGCUUUUGGUUAAAAACCUUUUCUGUUGUGCUGUUUGAAUGAAAGAGUUUAUAUAUUUGAGAUGAACUUGCCACAGACCCAAUGCCUACUUCAAGAAAAGCUUGUUCAAGGUGUCAUUGUUGGAUUUAAAGCCACCCUCUGGCCUUUUGCCAACACACAAAGGCUCUCAUUCGUCUUUGUUUACGCAGUGGAGGUAACGCUACAAGCGUAACACUACUGUUGCAUAGUUGCCAAACUCCAUAUAAAAUGGCAGUUCGUUGUACCGAAGCACUACCAGCUACACCAAAGGAACAAGUUUGAAGUUUUGUUUCACGGUUGCAGAUAAUUUAUAGAUUUUCUCGUUGAGUCUAGAAUAGUUACUGAUUUGAAUUCAGAAUAUAUAAAAGUUUAUUUGUAUUCAGAGCGAUACACACUUGAUGUAGUUUUGUUACAGGGGACGGGAGGGAAGCCAAAAUAAUGUCAAAUGUGAGCAGCAGCUGAAAGACAGAAACUCAGACAAUGCUAAUAAAAUGCAACUGAACUGGAGGAAUAACGAGUUCGGAUUUAAUUUAAAAGUAUCAGACCAAUGGGUGAAAUGCUCAGGUUGACUUAGUUAACAUAAGAAUAACAUUAGACAUGUUGUUCAGAAUUGUGUAAUUUACAACAGAUUUGGGGUUUUAUAGAAAUUGGCAGAAAAAGCCACUUAACUUGCACUAUGCCAGACAAGAACGUAGGUUACAUUUUGUUUCCUUGGCUAGAAUUCCUGGCCCCCCAAGUAGGGCUGGGGUAUUGCUUGAAAUAUUUUUUUAUUGUUGCCAAUAUGAUACCUGAGUUUUAGAGAUAAAACUUUUUUAAUACGGCUCCUAAAGAAACAUACUCCUCUCUUUAAAGGGCCACUGUGUAGCAUUUCAGGGGAUCUAUUAGCAGAAAUGGAAUAACAUUUUCAUAAUUGUUUUCUUUUAUUGUAUAAUCACCUGAAUCAUUUCAAUAUCCCAAAGCAGUGUUUACACGGGAAAGCUGUUAUGUCAUACCCAUGGAAGUCUGAGUUAGCCCCAAAACUGUUGAAGCAGAACUCUAAUUCCUCUGUUAAAUUGUUAAAAUCUUUGCUUUCUGAAGGACUGUAGUAGACUAGUAGUUUCCUACUUUCCUUAAAAUAAAAGGGCUUCCCCCGUUUGCUUCAAGGAUUCCAAAUGAUCAUGACUAAUACAACGGGGGAAGAUGGCCGACACUACUAAGUGGAGUUCUUCAUCUUCCAUUUUGAAACCAAGCCUAUAAAAUCUCACACUUCACAAUCAAGUGAUCACAACAAUAAUACAAGUGCCACCUCCAGCUUUCUUUGAUCGCCAAAUUUGCCUGACAGUAAAGUUGUAUGUUUUGAAACUUGACACAACUCGCUAAAGUAGCUCAGCAGCUAACAAACGUUUGUAGAACAACAAUCUGCCUGUCAAAACGUGUCAUUCAAAGUCUACCGUCUACGGUUUUUAUACUGUAUAAUGUCUAAAUAUUUGACUCCUUUGUGACUGUGUGUGUGUGUGUGUGUGCCUUUUAGUACAGACUGUACAGGUAGAUCAAAGCAUGUUAAUAAAGUGUUUUUGAAAUACAAAAUUUCAGCCCAGAUUGCGUCUCUUCUGUAGGUAAACUGGAGUCAAGCUGCUCACAUUGAUUAAAAUUCACUCCAUCAUUCUAUUACAUCCAAUGUUUGUUUGAUAGUCAAACCUCUCGUGACAGACGGCUCAGAGAAACAGUUUGAUUAAAACAUGAUGUGAUCAUAGUCAAUAAUGCUGAUGAUGUGUUUACUCAAAUGAACAGAGAAAAUCUUGAGUUUUGGAGAAUUGGCCCCUGGUCAAGGAUUUGGUGCUGAGUUUAGGAGCCACUGUUUGUAUCUUAGCUGUUUGCCAAUUGUUUCCAAACUGAAACCACUGAUGAAUAACCAGUGGUGGAAGAAGUAUUCAGGUCAUUUACCGAAGUAAAAGUACAAAUGCCGCACUGUAAAAAUACUCUACUACCAGUGAAAGUCCUGCAUUCUAAACCCUUAUUUAACUGCUUGCACCAAAAUUGUAGCUCCACAUUAGCAGACCCACGAGGAUUUUAUGUUCAUUACAAUGGCGAAAUUCUUUUGAUGGGUGAAAAUGUUUGAAACACUGUAAAUUUAAGAUUUUUACCACAAGUGAAGCUAAAAACUGGACUCAACUUUUACCACUCUAAUCUGUACUUCAGUUUUAACUGGAUCCUGAACGCUAACAUGCUAACUCUAGCAUGUUAACAAGAAUUUGACCAACCAAUGGAUUUGAGACAUGCUGGUAUUUAUUAUGUAUUUUUUCGACAUGUUAACAGUUACAUGUCUCUACUGUGUAUGGUGACAUAGUAUUUUUGCAAGUUAAGAGCUCUUACAUUAGCAUGCCAUGCUAGCACUA